CUUUAUUUCGCUACGAUACCACUUGGUGUCUGCUCCAUUGCUUCGCUCUGCUGUUCGCUUCACUGCUGGACGCGCGAACCGCUCAAGCCUUGGAAUGCCGCGUGAACUUUCAUGGGACCUGCCGGCAGCGGGCGUACUUGCUGGAGAAAUCACUGGAGGAUCUGGAAAACCUGUGGAUCGACAUAUUACAGUGAAAAAUGCCCCCACCCCGGAAUUUGCAGAAGUUUGUCAUACAAAGUUUCCAAAUGAAAGCUUUUUGUCUUGCAUAAAAGGAUUGCGAGCGUUUCUGAUGCAGAAUCUGGGUGCGCAAGGUGCCUUGUGCAUAACAGAUCCGGCUGCUGUUGGGCUACUUCGCAACACAAUAAAUUUGACCUAUUCAGCAUGGAAAAUUUGUGAUGCUGAGAUAUGCAAGACAGGGAAUGUCUCUGUUGGAAAGGUUUGCCAUAGAAAUGCUCCCAAGUUCGGGGGUGGGGGCAUUUUUCAUUGUAAUACGACACGAGAUGCGACCGGUCUUCACGGCCAGUGGACACGACAAACCCGGGGGCGCUCGCCGCUGCUCCCCGGAGCUCGGCCCGCUCGUCUUCGCCGCGUGCGCACGGCAUGAACGCUUUGCAAAUGAGGGAGCGCCCGUUGUUGUCCAGAAACGAGAACUUCGCUUUAGAGCUGUGGCG